UGGCACUCCUGAGGAUUCAAACAGUCCUUUCUCCACGGAGAAUACUGAAGGAACUGUUCAGCUGCCUCUUCUGAGACUCUGCUGCAAGGGGAGCAAGAGCCCUUCACUGAAAUCCUCCCACCAUGCUGGGGCUGCUGCUGCUGCUGCAGGUGUUGGUGAGCUGCCUCCGGCUGGGUUACAGCGAGGUGGUGCCAAGCUUUAAAACUUCAUGUACUAAGUUUUUCUAUGAGAAGACCCCGCCAAGUGAUUCCCUGCGUCCGACGAAUGCAGCCAGGAUCUGCCAGGUCUAUGACAACAAAUAUCGCUUUGCCACACUGUAUGACAGAAACAGGAGAAUUCCAGUGUACUCUGCUUACAAAUACCAGCCUGGAAAAGGCAGCAGAUAUGACAGAUGGUUUGUUGAGCCACAGCUGAUCAACCAAAAUUAUCGCAGGUAUAUGGAUACAGAGGAUUCCAUCAUAGAUACCUACGGGAUCACUUCAGCAGAUAUUGGCAAGAGUCAGGCUAUUGACCAAGACUACGUCGAUGCCCAAGGUCUGGAUCGUGGUCACUUGUGUCCCAGUGGCCACCAAACUGGCGAUGACAACAAGACGGCCACCUUCACCCUCACCAACAUAGUGCCCCAGUACAGCACACUCAACCAGGGUGCCUGGAAAGAGUACGAGGACAUAACGAUGGCCCAGAAAACCCAGGGCUGUGACACCACCUAUGUCAUCACGGGUGCUGUACCUGGGAACACAGACAUCUCCAAUGGGAGGGUUAAUGUACCCAGCCACAUCUGGUCAGCUGCCUGCUGUGUGAAGUGCAACAAGCCUUUGAGGGCUUGGGGAGCCAUCGCUGAGAAUGAGAGGAGCAAGAACAAGGUGAAAGUCCUUGAGCUGUUGGACCUGGAGAACAGGUUGGCCGGGCUCUAUGGGGGGAAAGGGGUUACUCUGUUCAAAAAUGCCUGUGCUAGGAAUAAGGCUCACAUUCUUGAUGGAGAAGCCUCAGAUGAUUUUUCCACAUGUCAAAGAAUCACAGGAUACUAGAAUAGGUUGGUUUUCAUGGGACGUUAAACCUUCAAGAUCAUCUCAUAUUGACCUGACUGCCAUGGCCAGGGACACCUUCCACUGCCCCAGGUUGUUCCAAGCCCUCCCCAGCCUGGCCUUGAACGCUUCCAGGGAUGGGGCAGUCAGAACAGCUCUGGGUAACUUUUGCUCUAUAUACCACAGCCUGCUCCCAGCAAUUUACAGUAAUUUCACGACUAUAAGGCGCACCCUUUUGACUAAAAUUUUCCCUCGAA